CUCUGGCCGGGGCUGCUCGGGCGGCAGCAGCGCGCUGCUAGCUCCCCCAGCCCUCCCGCCGGGGCGGCCGGCCGAGGAUGAGGCGGCUGAGCCGCCGCCUGGCUUGGUCGCUCCUGGGCAUCCUGGGACUCGCCGCGCUGCUCCUCUUCUUCGGGGCUCGCAGGAAGUUGGAGGCGGCCGGAGCCCAAGGGCAGACGCCGAAGGGUUCUGAUGUGGACUGGGAUGACCUCUGGGAUCAGUUUGAAGAGAGAAGGUACCUGAGUGCCCGGAAAUGGAAGGGUGGAGAGGACCCAUACCGACUCUACGCCUUUAACCAGCGGGAGAGUGAGAGGAUUCCCAGUGACCGUGCCAUCCGCGACACAAGACAUUACAGAUGUACUACUUUGCACUAUCGUCCAGAUCUUCCACCAACCAGUAUCAUCAUCACCUUCCACAAUGAAGCCCGGUCUACCUUGUUAAGGACUAUCCGAAGUGUUUUAAACCGUACCCCUGUGCACCUGGUCCAUGAAAUCAUAUUAGUGGAUGACUUCAGUGAUGAUCCUGAUGACUGCCAUUUACUGUGCAAGUUACCCAAGGUGAAAUGUUUACGCAAUGGGCAGCGAGAAGGUUUGAUCCGGUCCCGAAUCCGAGGGGCAGAUAUGGCACAGGCGGGAGUCCUGACCUUCCUGGACAGUCACUGUGAGGUGAAUAAGGACUGGCUGCUGCCUCUCUUACAGAGGAUCAAGGAGGACCCAACUCGGGUGGUCAGUCCAGUUAUCGACAUCAUCAACUUAGACACUUUUGCCUAUGUGGCAGCCUCAUCAGACUUACGAGGAGGGUUUGACUGGAGCCUACAUUUCAAGUGGGAGCAGCUUACCCCAGAGCAGAAAGCCAAACGUGUUGAUCCCACCGAGCCGAUUAAGACUCCAAUCAUCGCAGGGGGACUCUUUGUGAUUGACAAAGCCUGGUUCAACCACUUGGGAAAGUACGACACAGCCAUGGAUAUCUGGGGAGGGGAGAACUUUGAAAUCUCAUUCCGUGUCUGGAUGUGUGGUGGGAGCCUGGAAAUUAUUCCCUGCAGCCGAGUUGGCCAUGUCUUCCGGAAGAAACACCCUUACGUCUUCCCAGAAGGAAACGCCAAUACGUAUAUAAAAAACACCAAGCGCACAGCUGAAGUGUGGAUGGAUGAGUUCAAGCAGUAUUACUAUGCUGCCCGGCCUGCAGCGCAAGGAAGGCCAUAUGGAGAUAUCCAGAGCAGGUUGGAACUGAGGAAGAGGUUGAAAUGCCGCACCUUCAAGUGGUACCUGGAAAGUGUUUAUCCGGAACUUAGGAUUCCUGAGGAAUCAUUAUAUCAAACUGGAAUGAUCAGGCAGCGACAAAGAUGCUUGGAGUCCCAGAAGCCUGAAGGCCAGGACUUCCCAGCCCUCAGUUUGAAUCCCUGCAUCACCAGCAAAGGUGGGGCAGCUGUGGCACAGGAAUGGAUAUACACAUACAACCAUCAGGUCCGUCAGCAGCAGCUGUGCUUAUCUGUGCACACCCUUUUCCCAGGCUCCCAGGUGGUACUAUCUCCUUGCAAGGAAGGUGAUGGCAAACAGCGUUGGAGUAAAGUGAGUUCUCACAUUGAGCAUAUGGCCACACGUUUCUGCUUGGAUACUGAAAUGGUGGGCGACACGAAUGAGGGCACCCAAGAGCUUGUCAUCAACCCCUGUGAGAGUAUGGCUAUGAGUCAACGCUGGGACAUGGUGAUGUCCUGACCUCAUGAAAGGAUCCAGUAGCAACACCAGCCAACAUGGCUUCAGUGGAAACAGCCAAAGCACACCAGAGAAGCUCUUGGGAGGUCAGCUGCAAAACCAUUGUGGCCCUUGUUCAUCGCAGAGUAGGAGGAGAAUAAGAAAAUAAGGACACAGGACUCUAGGUUGAAGGAUGAAGGCCAGCUGUGAGGCCUGCAGCAGUUAGUGGCCUGUUGAGGUCAUACAUUCACUGAGUAAGAACAGCAAAAGAAAUAAUCCCUAAAUGUCUUUCAGUAAUAUUGAAACCAGGGGAGAAACCUCCUGGGGAGGGGCCUGCUGAAAUCAAGAGUUUACAGUAUUUAUUGUUUUCACUGUAAAGAAGAAAAACUGGUGGAGAAGCCUUGGAGGCUGGACAUGGAGAGACAAGCAUCUAGUUGGUUGUGGAGGUGGUGGAGCAGGUGGGCAAGGAAAGGAGAUGUGAAGGCAAACGAAAAAGGUCACUGAGGAAAAACUGAAAACACCAAUAAAUCCUUGCACUUUUUAAAACUGAUGCUGUUCAGCUAGUCUUCUGAAGACAGAUGGCUAGAGAGAAGCUGUAUUGCACACUAUACCUUGUAUAUGAUCCAUGUACAUGUCCUGUACUAUAUGCUGUAAAGAAAGAGGCCAUGGUAUCAUGUGGGGAUUGGGCCUAGAAUUAACUUGGCUGGGGGACUUUGCAUCACUCUGUGCUAUCCACAUGUGAAGGGCUAUGGCAUCACUCAAAGUCCAGCCAGUUGCCGGGGCCAAACACGUGAGAUGGUUAACCAUAUAUACACAAGCCUUUCAGAUGCUGUAAGGAGAGUGGUAAUACUGUUAUUUCUCCUUUCUGAGUGGCAUGGGACAUGAAAUCAACCUCAACAUGUUUCUCACUGUUUCAAAUCUGGAAUAGCUCAAUUUUUCCUCUGAAGUAUAGAAGUAAUAUUUUGGUAUUUCAAGGUAACUAUUGCAUUUGUGUUUUCCAAAUUCCUUAGUAAAGAAGCUGGUACUAGGGUCAGACACAGGUGACUGAGGGAACAAAGCUACCCCCUGUUCAGUACCAGCAAAAGUAGUAUCUUCCCCAUGGCUUUUCUCAGGCAAAACAAAGCAGAGUGCAUUGCUUCUUGAAGUACCUCUUUAUCCCUCAGUGUUGAAUAUUGAAAGAAUGGUUUGAAAUUCCCAUUAGCUUCAUCACUGAGCAGGAACUAAUGACUCAUGGGAUACCUCAGGGCUUUUCUCCCAAGGCCUAGACAGCAAACAUGUUGUAGAGCUGAUGCCUUUAAGUUCCUGGGUGCAGUCAUUGCUUAGAGAUUGCAUACCAAGAUAUAGGAUAGGUUGUAGGGGUGGGUGAAGCAGUUAGCUGGGAGAGCAAACAGUAGAAACCCCAGAAUGAGAAAUGUUGAAGGGGAAACCCCAAGGUCCUUUCUGACCUUGUCUCCAAUAUAGGUUCUGGCAAAGCACAGCGGGAUACAGGGAGUAGGACAGGACAAGAGGAUGAGAAUCAUCAAUACAUUUCACAAUGGGUGCUGCAAAGAACUCUGAGGGGAGUUUUUAAGACCCUUAAUGACUUGAAAACCAGUGGAAUUUGUGCUUCCCACUCACUUUAGCUCUUUCAGAAAUCUCAUGCUCCGUGCCCUUGAUCUGAUUGCAGAUCUGUGACCUCAAGAUGAACAGCCCCCUUAUGCCCUGAGCCAUCCAGUUCUCCCUGUGUACCUCCCUGAAUAUAGGAUUUCUCUGCACAAGCUUCUCUCAUCAGCAUAGGAGGGAGUUGCAUGUAUAAGUUACCGUGGUAUCAGGGGCAGUGCCAGAAUAACUAUUUUUAUUUACAAAAGAUCCUAGGGCAUAAAUGCUUUUCCAUUUGCCCAAGAGAUUACUAAUCUAAUGAAGCCACCCUGGUGUGAACCUCAAGGGCUUGCUUUAUGAAAGGGCUCCAGUAAGCUGUCAUUUCACAGCAGUGGGUUGCAUAAUUUCCAUUUCACAACUUUCCAAUGGGAAAUAAUACAAUUACAAAUGGAAUAAGGGGAAAGCAAACACAGCCCCAGUUCAGAGAGAGGUCGUAAACAUUGCUGGUUACUGUGUGGUUGAGUUGGCAAACAGAUAAGCAUCACAGCUGCUUUACCUGCUGCAAGUAACAGACAAGAUGUAAUACUUUUUUAUCAAACACUGUUGGAUGACCGUAAAAAUGUGAUUUUCGCUUGAUCACACCUUUGCCACAUUUGCACUGAGAAGCUUUGACACUAUUUUGUUCCUGCUUCCUACAGUGUAAGGAAACAGAGCACUACCUGUAUACAGUUGAUAGAGGGCUUUUGCACUGCAGCCUUCUUUAGUCAUUAAAUGAACAGCUUGAUUUUUCUAAAUCUGAAGUUCUCCAUCUUGACAGGUUUUCUCCAGCCUAGAACAGUGUGAACAAAGUUUGAUGCAUUCAGUGCAUCAUUUUCCAUCCAAGGGUGAAAACUUCCAUUUUGCUGAUAGCAAAAAACAGCUGUUUGCAUGCGUGUGCGUGCACACAUGCACACAUAGAUAUGGGUGGUGUACACUUGUGUGCAGAAGUUGUGUGCACUCAGCACAUAGUGGUGCUUCCUGUUCCCUCUAUCAGUGUAAGAAACUACCAAACAGUGCUUUGAAAACAAUCUGCUCAGAGGGCCCUUGCAUUUUGUGAAAUCCAGGUUGUCCACACAGGCUUAAUUAGCUUAUUAAAAUGUACUAUAUUUUGGAUUCCUUCUUUUAUGUUUAUUAUUCCCCUUAAAAUUUACUAUGACUAUUAUUAUUCUGCCUGCAAUGAGCUGUGAACUGCAGACCCAUCGAUAGGGUGUCUAGAUAGGCUGUAGUAUUUAUAACUCUGUGUCCUCAGCCCUAAUGCUAUUUGGUAGUUUCUUACACUGAUAGAGGGAGAGUAGAUAAGGCAGAAAAUGAGGUUCUAAUCCUGACUGGGCUUCCUGACUCACUUGGUGACCUUCAAGGAAGUCGCUUGUUCUUGCAACUCAGUGAAAGUCACCUGGAAAACUGGAUUCAAAGUAGUAAACUCAUGGUAGUGUACAGCUUUCUUCUGCCUUUAAAAUAAGCUACAAUGGCUGAAAAAGUUGUACAGAAAAUACAACUACAAAAUAUAUCCAUGUUCAAGUGACAACAAAGUAUAGAUUUUAGUUGGGGAGGGGAAAGUCACGUAGGCACACCCUAAACUGUAAAUUGAUUCUCUUGAUUUCCAGCUCUUUUGUGUUCACCUUCUGCCCAGACCUCCAGCAGUGUGCUUUGCUCCUAGGAGAACUGGUUGAAACAUCACAUUUUAUGAAGCUGUGGGCAAAAUGUAAUGGAAAAUGAACACCUAACUAAGAAAUGAAGGCACUGUGCUCAGAUUCAAAGGCUGAUACCAUCUAAUCAGAAAAUAGAAACGGUAAAGAGGUAGAUGUCAUUUGGAGGAACAGGAAGCAUCACUAUGUGCUGAGUGCUAAUCCUGCCACUUUCCCUAAUUGUAGGGGUAGGCCAGUUUGGAGCAACCAUCUUUAUUUUCUUGCCUCAGUUUUCCCAUUUGUAAAAUGUGACUAAUAGUAAACUAUACCCAUCUCGCAGAUGUGUUGUGAGGAUGAGUUAAUGAAUAGUGUGGUGUUUUGACCUGGCAGCACACAGAGUAUUAUUAUCCAUUUUAUGUAUUUUGGCAGCCACUACCUAGUCCAGCACACCAAGAUAGGACCAGUGAGAUCCAAAGCUAAUCACAUUAAUUGCCACAGCCUAUAUAAAAGAUCUAGGCUGUAUUGUUGUCACAGAUUAACAUCCUUUAUGGGUCAGGCAUAUAAAUCACACAGAUCACAAGGUUCCAGCAGGACCUACAUGUCUCAUCAAACUAACCUGUGCAGCUCAAUUUGUGGUUGUGUAUUCAGACAUAAAUCUACAGGCCAAGGAUUAUUUGUAGAAAUUAUAAAUCAAGUAAUCUGAAUAACAAACUUGAGAAAAAUCAUCAACUGCUAAAGGUCAAUUCACAGGCAGGAAAAGAUGGUAAAGCUUAUCGUUCUGCUGGAUAAACUAUUCUCUGUGAAUUAUUUGCCCAGCACUGAUUUGACUGUUAUGAGUGUUUUGUGCAAGCAGCAAUCCAGCACCUGAAGAAUUAAUCAGUCCUGGAACAUCUGCACAUAAAUUACAGUGAUGCCCAAAAGACCAGAUUCAGUAGACUUGCUCCAGAUAUACAGGGUGUAAAUAUGAGCUGAAUUUCCAUGCAUCUGCUGUUUCCUUACUGACUAGAAGCAGCUAAGAACAGUUUAAAACACUGGUGCAGUUGGCACCUUGCACCUGCUCUCUAAUUGAGUCUAAUUACAAUCUGGGUGAGGCCAGAGAUCAGUUUAGAGCUGGGAAAUAUGCUGGUAAAUCUGCUGCUUUCUCUCCCUUGUUUAUAUAUUUUGUGGUAAAUGACAGUUAAUUCCUCUUAAGAAAAUCUAAAUUGAUGCUUUGUGAUUCACAAGGGAAAAUACGGUAUGCUUGCAAAGAUGUGUUUGUUUCAAUCCCAUUCCAAAACUCCCCUCUGCCAAACACCCAUCUGAUCUCAUUAUAAGGUGGUUGAGGGCAUCAGCCCAGAUAAUGUCCAGUCAUAAAGCAGCUUUGUACCAAAAGGGUUGCAUAGGUAGGCACAUCACUACCCAAGAGAGUUAAAGCUAGUUGUUACCAAAAAUUACCAGAAAUGACAUGAAUGAUAACAAGAGGAUGCUUCCAGAUCAGGCCUGGUUCCCUGUAAAUAGCUUUUAGAAGUUAUAAAAACAUUUAUAGAAAUAUUUUCAGGAAAGGGGAGGGGAAUCAAAAACUUAACUGGAAAUGAGUUUAAUUAUUCUGAACAAACUUCUCCCUGGACUCUGCAACCCAAUCAAUCCUAGCCUUGGGCUAGCAUGUGAGAACCCAAAUUGAUUACAAACAAAAGUGUCCUGAUUAGUUCAUUUCUGUUGUUCAAGCCUAGAGUUCUGCAACAAGCAAGCAGAUUGUAUCAAAGCCAAAAGCAGGCUAGAUUUUUAACUCUCGUCUUUGUUCUAAUAAUCUAAUGAAGUGUUUGUUUUAAUAUAGGGUUUACCUUGCUGGUCCUCCUUUUCACUCUUGCUACAGCACAUACCUUUUGCUGUUCCAUCUAUAAUUCGAUUUCAUCAGCCCUAUGCUGCUUUCUAUAAGUGAUUGGCAUCUUAUUAGAGAUGGGUGAAGCUCAGUGGUUUGUGUCUACAAAGCUGUAACCUACAUCUCGGGUAGCUCUGUCACGGAAGUAAGGAACAUCUCACCUUGCCUUUACCUACUGUGCAAGGAAAUGGGUCUUAUAGCAGGAGAGUGUGAUAUGUAUAUGUUUCCCACCUAACCAAAACUGAGCCCAGAUUUAUCCCAGCCCCCUUUAACAUGAUUUCUAGGCUUUUAACAAAUCUCCAAACCAAGUGAAAUCCACUUAAUUCUGAGUCUUAUGAAAUCACAGGUCUUCCCUUUGCCUCUAAACUCUUAAAGUUUAAGAGUUUAGAGGCUUAAAGAUGUGUUGCAUCACACAUUAAUCAUGCAUUACUGAGCGUGUUGCAAAUAGACACAAUUGGAGCAAUGCAAGCCCCCAAGUGCCUCCCUGAAGAGGGAGUUCUGUAGUGAAUCUCCUUUCCUCAGCUUUACAGAAAUUAUUCAAGGCUGCUUUACUUGUGGUCAAUUUCCAGUACCUUGAAACUUAUUAUUUUAUAUUUAUAGUCAUACACUAAAUGAUAAAUCUGUACUGGAGGCCCUUUAAUAAUUCUUGUGGCUUAAGUUUAUCGUCUAAGAGAUGACAAUUCAGCUAUAAAAGAGGGAUUGUAUACUGGGCAUUUGGUCUAUUUUCUCUAGCAAAAGCUUCUAUUCUUUUGUAAUGCUGAGUCAACGCCAGCAUACUAGUAUAGUCAUUACUUGACGCUAGAGUAUCAUUAACAGUUCUUACUCUCAAGCCAAGCUAACAUGAUUUAGAGAGACUAUUAUUAACUAUACCAUAUCUAUUACACCAGUUUUAGUUCAUCUUUCUUUGUGGAUUUCUGUGUGUCCAGCCAUAAUAGUAAUCAAAUGGGACCAGAAGAAAAUGAGAAUGGAGUUACUUGCUGAGCACACCUUUUUCAAAGCAGCCUGUAAAUCCACUAGCCAAAUAAAAGCCGGCUUGCAAAACAAAGGAGUGAGUCGGCUCCUUAAUUACCUGUAACUGCCUUCCUUUGCCCAGUGUGGGAUCAAGGUAGAAUUGAGGUCUUGAUAUGUGCGUCAAGCCUUUGAGCUUCUUAUAUUCCAUGCUAUAAAUGCAAUAGCAACUCACAGUCCCCAAAACUUGAAAAAAUGCAACUGGGAGGGAUGGGGCUCUGUCAGGAGAAGGUUUGGGGAGGGUCAGGAAGGGAGUCUGUCUGUGAAGUAGGUAUGGCUCUAAGUUCUUAUAACCAGGAUCAGCACUGGAAUUGGGAGGGAUGAGAGCCAAGUAGGAAGUUGCAGUUGGGUUUACAAGAUCCAGUGCAGGCUGUGAAGGUGUUGGGGGGAGGCACUGUAGCUGGGAGGGGAAGUUGGAAGGAUUUCAGUGGGUAGGUGUAGCGAUGCUGUGCUCCAGGGGUAUCUGUGAUGCCCCCUAGUGGCAACGCAACUCAUGCCCUGCUCUGCUCUGUCUCUAGAAUACCCUCCCCUUCUUAUCUGCCAUGCCUUGAUGUAUUUAGUGGAUCAAAAGAGAGGCUGCCUGAAGGUCCUAGAGUGAGCCUCAAUCUGGCUAGCAGGUCCCUCCUGGAUUCCACUGAUCUCAAUUCUGCCCUUAAGCUGAGCAGGCACUCUUGGUCCAUCUGCAUCCCAGGGUACCUGUAGCCUUAAAGGCCUCUGACCUCCUCUUUAGCCAUGCCCCUGCCUCACAGGUGUCACUGCAUUAGUCCCUCAUCAGACCCUCAGCCUCCUUGGCUUCUGCCUCUACUUUCUAGCUAGGCCUUCUAGCCCAGGUCCACUGUGCUGGACCUGGUUUCUGGGCACCAGCUUCUGUCUCAAUUGCUUUAAUCCUGGGGCCCCUGGCUCCAUCUCUGCCCUGCCUUGGACAGUGAGCCUGCUUUGGCUGUGUCUGGGCACUCUGGCCCCUACUUGGCUUCAUCCUGCACUAGGCCACCAUCUCCUGCUGGGCUGUAGCCUGUCUUUGGGGCUCAAGCCUAUUUUGCGUCCUGGCCCCCUCAGCCCUAGGCAGGCUCAAGACACUCUCAUGCCCUCAGGCACUAUUAGGACCUCCGUACCACCCCUGCUAGUCCCGAACCUAAAGCGCCAGUUUAAACUGAACAAAGGAACAUAAGCACUCUGGCUCUAACAUAACUACUAGUUCCCUGGCUGUAUACCAAUACCCUACUCCCCUGGGUCCUAAUCUUCUGCCAGCCCCAGCCUCUUGUCCUCCAGCAUAGCAGGAUCUCAGGCAUGUUUGUCUAGAGUUGCUUGCCCCUCAGAGCAGGGACUGCAUUUUGUCCAUGUUGGUUUCACACUUAGCACAAUGGGGCUUUGAUCUGGAUUGGGGCCUGUGGCCAUUCCAGCAACACAAAUUGUGAAACUAUACCAAGUGCCACUCUCUGCCCCGCACAGGUUUAAGAGUUAAAAAGUUCCUUUAUGAGGUCAGAAGACCCCUUGGUUUUGCACUGUUUCAGUUGUGGUGGUAUAUUAAGCACAAUAAAAGCCAAGCCUUGAUUUGAGCACGGUGUGUGCUUGAGCAUGCACUUUCCACAUUCAGUCUAUGCAGCUUUGCAUCCCAAACUGCUUAGUACAUUUGCAGUGGAUCUUUAGCUUGAAAGAUCACAGCCAUUGUAACCUGAAAUUGAUUUUCCUCUGCGGAGAGAUGUUUGAAGCAAAAACCAAUUUGGUUUGUAUAAAGUACAUUAGAUAUAAAAAGAUAUCCCUCAGAGUGCACGGGAUCACCUUUGAAACUGCUCUCACCCUACCGUGAAUAACAAGUUUCACAAUAAAGGGAAUUUCUUACAGCC